AAUGUGUAAAACGUACCCUAUAGCUAUGGCCAAAAACGUUGCAUCACCCUAGAAUUUAAGAAAACCUAUAUGAACACAAUUUAGAUAUUUUAUUUAACAUCAAACUACAAAAGGAUAUCGCAAAAGUCUACCGGAAGCCAUAACAGUAGCACAGUAUUUCAUUGAGAUUUUGAAACGUCACAUUUUAAAAUGUGUCAGUUUUUCGUUCAGUGUAUGGAAAACUAUAAAGCGGUAUGUAAUUCAAUACGUUAACGUAACAUUAUUCAGCAGGUUUAAUUUAGAUAGAAUUCUACAGGGUGAUGCAAAACUUCGCCAUAGCUGUGCAAUACAAGGCAUGCUUUUUUAAGUCCUCCCAUUUUAGGGACUUGUUAAACAAAGACUUGAAAAAAAAGACUUACUAAGAUCUAUGUAUAAUAUGCUUUUGCUAGAUUGUAUGCUCUUUUCACAAAGACUUGCACACACACCCAUGCUUCAGCCACUUCCUCCCAGCGACACGCUUUCGCAAUACCGAAAAAAAAAAAACACCUUUGGGUUUAUUGCACAGUGCAAUGCAAAUUGGGCUCUAUCUGUGCAUACCAGCAAGGUGAAAAGAAGACGACAAAAAAAGUGUGUGCUUAAGCAUAAUCUCCUCAGCUGAACACAGGCUUACAAAGAAUGUUUCUCAAUUUGCUUUUAUGGGCCUUUUCCAUGCAAGGUUGCAUAGUUAGUUGUCUACAGCGAUCGGUAGUCCAUGCUUUUGUGGGAGACUCGAUUACACUCAACUGCACAUAUAAUUCCACUGGAUGGUUUCGAGAGUACUGGUAUGACAACAAAGCUGUGAAACAAACAGAAACCAGCCGCGACUGUGUCAAUAUCAGUUCAUCCAGUGCUCGCCGAUGCACUCUGUCAUUGACCAUCGAGAAAAUCACUGUGCGCCACACGCCGGAGUCUUACUACUGCAUGGUGGAGGAUGUGGAGGCAUAUCCUCUUAAAAAAUGGGAAGAAUGCAAAACGGACCUACGGAUUCAAGGCCGGCCCAGUCUGCCAGUGGUCACCCCACGUAGGCAGCUGAUUGCAGGCAGGGAGUCAGUCCUGACCUGCUCUACCUCCGGGUUCUACCCCAGCAACAUCACAGUAAGCUGGCUGCACAACGGACACCACAUGUCUGAAAGAGGAGCUGAGAAGUACUUCUCGGACAAUGAGGACGGGACAUUCAAUGCCACUAGCAGCAUCACCUUCAUCCCCAAUGUCACAAAUCACAAAGACCUCAUUGCAUGCCAAGUGUCACAUGCAUCUCUGAUCCAGCCAGUGAUGAGCAAUCUCUCCCUGCUUGUUAACUAUGGUCCUCGGUCAGUUAGUCUGGUUUUCCGCACAGCUUGUACAGCGGACGCUCGGCUCAUAGCGGUGAACUCUGAUGUCAUAGUGAGCACAGUCAACUCUUUCCUGGAGCUGGAGUGCCUUGUGGACAGCUACCCACCCGCCCACAUUGACUGGAAGAGACAAGAACCAAACUCGUCCUGGAGGAAGAUACUCAGCAAGGAGUUAAGAUGGACUGCAAUCCAGGAGGCAAACACGGGGGUCUACUGGUGUUUUACAUCCAACAGUUACGGGGAAGCAAACACCAGCAUCACAAUUGUUGUGCAAAAGCCGAGCGGAUUCCACUUGGUAAAACUCUUAGCGACUAUGACUGUAACUCUGGUGGUCGUGUUGGCAGCGUUGGCCAUUUACUUCUAUAUUACCAGUAAAAGAAAAUGGAAAGGUCACCCUUCUCUUGCUGUCUCACUGAGCCCAGAACCUGACGAAUCUAUUGAAGAAAAGAGUAAGGAAUCAGCUGAAUAUGCCGCGAUAUGGAGGGGAAGUUCUGUGUCACAAGAAGCUGCUGACUGUCUCAGUAUUCAAGAAGUCCCCUAUGCUGACAUUCUUAUUUCUGGAAGGGGUUGCAGCACACCUGAGCAGAGGCGCAUUCCGGAGAUUCUGUGUUCCGAUGACACGCAGGAUUGGACCAAUGAAGAGCUCGACCCGGCCCAUCCGCACAGUCUCCAAGACAACACAGGACUUCAUGUAAGCCAGCUGGAAGUCACAAGGAAACUGAGCACAAGUUCCGAGUACGCAGUCAUUAACUAUUCCAGCAAACCGUGCUGCUGACGAAACAACCCCAGCUGCCAUGUGCAUUAACUGCUGUGUACCCAGGAGGACCGGGAAGUAAUACAUUCCAAGUGAAAGGAAAGCCCUUUCACCACAACUCUGCUUACACCCAUCACAGCAGUCUACACAGAGCAGGGGGGUCCAAACACAGGCCGGCAAGGCAAUUCUUUGGACACUGGGUCCAGCUUUGGCCACCCUUGACCCAGAGCAAAGACUCUUGAGCUUAGCGAAUGAAUCCAGCCGAGGUGGGAACGUAGCAUCGCAAAGGCGUGAGUUCCAUCUCAUUGCUUUGCGGGAUAUCUUUUCCAUACAGAAUGCACACAUUCACAUAGAAACAAAUACAAACGUGUCUAGUUUCAAGCUGUAUUAAAUGCUGUACUGUAAUAGCACUGUGUUGGUUUUGCAAUGUGUGUCACAGUGUUAUCUCUGCAGAUAAAGCACUCGUGUUUUUGCGGUGCUGACAUGUUUAUAAAUACAUAUUUUUUUUCCACUCUGUUGUCAUACUUCUAUUUUUUAAGGGUGGGUGGGCAGCAGAUGCAUUGUAAUUAGGUAAGGAGUGCUUUGCAGUGGAUUCUGCCCCCUGCAGGCUCCCCAAAAGCAAACUAUUUUAUAUGGAACAAACAACUGAGUUUUUUUUUUUUGUGGCUUGCAUAUUUUGCAAUAUACUGUAAUGCUAUUUGUAUUCUUGUGUAGUUGAAUUUAAUCUGCAGUUUCAAAUGGAUAAACUGAACAUAUUAGUAAAAACAGACUGUACAGCUGUGGAAAAUGCAUCCUUUUUGUGUGUAAACCAAACAAUAUUUAGUUAGCACAAUUGCUUGUUUCGUGUUACAUAGUUCCUGAAUAAUACUGUAUGUUUUGAAAUUUGAGUAAAAAGUUAAGUACUGAAAACUGAAUUUUUCUGCAGUGCUCC